CCAGUGAUUGGCGCCCCCACCCCAUCCCCGAGCGAGCGGCGGUGGUUGCGUUCGGUUACUGCAGCAGCGGGCAUCAUGUCGCGCGUGUUGGUGCCCUGCCAUGUGAAAGGUACCGUAGCCCUGCAGGUGGGUGACGUGCGGACUUCCCAAGGCCGGCCUGGAGUGCUGGUCAUUGAUGUCACCUUUCCCAGCGUUGCGCCUUUCCAGCUGCAGGAAAUCACCUUUAAGAACUACUACACAGCCUUCCUGACCAUCCGUUUCCGUCAGCAAACCUCGACACAUGGCCCAAGCAGAUGGGUGACUUGCCUUCGGAACCAUUGCCUGAUGCCUGACCCGCACAGUGAGGAGGGAGCCCAGGAGUAUGUAUCGCUGUUCCAGCACCAGAUGCUUUGCGACAUGGCCCGAGUCGUGGAGCUGCGCCUGAUUCUACGGCAGCCCUCACCACUGUGGCUAUCUUUCACUGUGGAGGAGCUGAAGAUCUACCAGCUGGGACCAAAGAGCCCCUCUAUGACCUUCCCCAAGUGGCUUUCCCAUCCUGCACCCUGUGAGCAGCCCGCUCCCCUCGUUGAGCAGGGUUUCCCGGACCCCAGCAGCGUGUCCUCGAAGGUGCAGCAGAUGUGGGCGCUGACAGAGAUGAUCCGGGCCAGUCCCAGCUCCACGAGGAUCGGCCGCUUUGAUGUGGAUGGCUGUUACGACCUGAACUUGCUUUCCUACACCUGAGCCAUGAUUCAUAGCCAAGACCUUGGCCAUGCCUGUGCCUACCCAGGCUGGGUUUGGACCACCAGUGAUUGAAGUGCUUUCCCUGCGCAUUCUGAGUGUUGGCUGUGCGGCCAUGCUGCCUGGGCCGUCAUCACAGAUUUGAGAUUCUCAGGGCAGGGAGGGGUUAGUUCCCUGUUAUGCUUUGGCAUAAAUUCCUGGCAGGGGUCCACCUCCAUCUUCACCAGGCUGCAACACAACUCUUCUUUCUUCUCCUACCCAGAAUAAAAUAAAAUACCCCAAGAACCCCUGAGGCCCCUCUGCCAACCUUCACCCUCGUCCCACACCCAUCUUCCACCUAUGCCCUCACUCUGCAUGCAGUGGGUUGGGAUGAACCUUCUGGCAUCUGCUUCAUGUCAUCCUGGGAGACCACUGCUGCCUUAGCAGCCCUGGAGAUUGGGGCCUUCUUUCCCUUUGUAUCAUGCCCACCAAAAUAAAUUUCCUGUUUAAACUCU